AUGGCCUCCAGUAGUAUUACUUGCAUUUCUUCCGCCUUGGAUGAUUUGCAAUCGCUCUUGAAUAUUUUUCAUUAUCCGGAGUUUUUGCUUAGCGUGAAAAACUGGCUAACAUUUCUGAGAACAUUUAUUUUGUGUGCGACAAAGUGGGGCAAAGAUUAUGUGCAUUUAGCAUCUGACGACAAAGAGGAGGUAGAUAAUCAUCAUGCAAGUCUAGAAGCUCUGAUAGUUCGGAUUGAAGACGCCAUUUCCAAAAGGGCACAGGAGCUUCACUCCAUUUAUCUUUCUAGUUCGGAGAAUCCAUCAUAUAAUCAGGCUUUCAAGAUUGUCGAUUGUAUAGAAGGAUCAGACAUGGUAUCUUUGAGGCCAGAAAUUUACAGAUGGUACUUCUUCUUCUCAGAUUGCUCAUCAAAGCUUUCUAGUAAUUUGAUUGUCAGAAAAGAUGACAUUAUGGAAUUCAUGGAUUCUCUUCUGGAGAGUCUAGAGGAUUUUCAUGACUGGGGAUUUGCGGAUGGUCUCAUCAAAGCCCUCGAAGAGAAGCUAGAGUUCCUGAAAAACUUCAUCCGUUUUGUCACACUACAUGACGUUGAAGACACACAAUUGGGACCUUUAUUGACUCAUGUUAAAGCUGUGGCUAUCAAAGCAGCGCGCCUCUCUUAUCAGUGCAAGUUCGUGAAGAAAUCCGAAUUGCAGGAUGAAACUGACAAAAGUAUUUUGGAACUGCUGCUGAAGAUUAUUCCUGUAGAGCCCCAAGUCCAUGAGACUUGUGUCCAGGCUCUGAUUGCUUCAAACUUAUCAAGAAAAUCACUUGGGGACACAGAUGAGCAAAUAUUGAGAGAUUUUCUUGAUUCUCUCCUGUGUAAUCUUGGGGACAUACUAAAAUCUGGACUUGCUAUUCUCUCCCCCUCUCUAAAUGCAAUCAAAGAUGGUGUAUUAUUAUCCCAGGAUAUGGAACUUUUGUCAUCUGAUUUGUUGAAAAAGAUUCAGCUUAUCGAGACAACGGUUGCACAGAGAUGUCCAGAACCAUCAUUGUUCGACUAUCCCAAGACCAACGGAUUGGGCUUUAUUGAUUUCCUUCUAGAAAAUCUGAUAGAACUGACAAGUACUGAGGCUGGCUCGAUUACUUUCAUGAAUCAUCCAAUUCAAGCAGUCCAGGAAGAACUUGUUUGUUUACGCUCUUUGCUGGGGAGAAUUGUGGAGUUGCGCAGUGAAGAUGAGGAGCUCCAAGCAAUUCGGGAUUGUGCUAUAGAGGUGGCAUACAAGAUAGAGUUUCUUGUUGAUUCCUUAAUGGUUGGGGAUGAUCUAGAUUCUUCUUCAAUGUCGUUUCAUUCCAUUGUAGAAGAAAUUAAGAUCAUUAAGGCUAAGGCUUUGCAGAUUUGUGAUAAUGAUAGACUUCAUGGCAAAGUUAAGAAAGUAAGCAAGAGGCUCUUUCACAUGCCAACACAGUUAAAUAAGCCAAUAAUCAAUGAUGUGGUGGUGGGAUUGGAGUAUGAGGCUGCAUCGAUAAUUAGUCGACUCACAAGAGGAUCACUCCAACUGCAAAUUGUUUCCAUUGUGGGUAUGCCAGGACUAGGUAAGACAACUUUAGCUAGAAAAGUUUACAAUAGUUCGUCAGUUAUGUCCUAUUUUUAUAAGCGUGCUUGGUGUACUGUUUCUCAAGUGUAUCACAAGAGAAAUCUGUUACUUGAAAUUUUGAGUUGUAUUGAAUCCAAGCUUCCUGGCAAUGUUUUUGAGAUGAGUGAAGAAGAUCUGGCUCAUGAAGUCAAAAGACGUUUGUUAAGGAACAAAUACCUCAUUGUUUUGGAUGAUGUAUGGGACAUUGAAGCAUUCAAUGGAUUAGAAGCCUCAUUCCCUGACAAUGGAAAUGGAAGUAGAGUUAUCUUGACGAGUCGACGUCAAGAUGUUGCUCCCCAAGAUAAACUUGACCAAGAACCUCAUUCUCUUCGUCAACUCACACCUGAUGAGAGCUGGGAUUUGCUAAAAGCAAAGUUAUAUCCUGGACAAGAUUUGGCUCCUCCUGAACUAUGUGAAAUUAGACAGAAAGUCGUGGAAAUGUGUCAAGGACUACCUCUUACGGUUGUCAUCCUUGCUGGAAUUCUCUCAAGCAUGGACCGACAUGAUUGGAAAGAGGUUGUGGAAGGUUUAAGUUCAAGGAAUGUUUCUAGCACAGAACAAUGUACCGCUACUUUAGAGCUGAGUUACAAACAUUUACCAGAUAAUUUGAAGGCAUGUUUUCUUUAUUUUGGAGCCUUUCCAGAAGACUAUGAACACAAUACCAAGAGGUUGAUUUCCCUAUGGGUCGCUGAAGGAUUUGUUCAAAAAACUCAGCUCAAGAGAUCAGAGGAUGUGGCAAAUGAUUACCUGAUGGAACUUAUUAGCAGAAGCUUAGUCAUAGUUUCCAAACCAAGAUCCAUCGAUGGGGUCAAAGCUUGUCGCAUUCACGAUUUAUUAUAUGAGUUUUGUGUGACAAAAGCCAAAGGAGAAAAGCUUUUGCAGCUGGUACGUAGGUACGAUGAACUAUCUGCUUUCACCAUGCCAUGCUACCUACGCCGCUUAUGCAUUGAUUCUAAGCCUGAGCACUUUGACAACUUGAGGUUAUUUUCUUCCGCAAUACGCUGUCUAUUAUUAUUCCAUCAUGGUGGUGUAGACCGUGAAAGAAGUUUUGACCUGCGAUUCAUUUUUAGCAUCAUCAAACUUGUCAAAGUGUUAGAUUUGAGCCAAAUUCAACUAAGACCCACUUUUCCAAGAGAAUUGGAACUGCUUGUUCAUUUGCGGUACUUGGCAAUUCUAGGUAAUGGCAGUCCCAUCCCAGCAUCAAUAUGCAAUCUCUCGAAUUUGGAAACUUUGAUUUGGGAAAAUUUUUCGUUUCAUUCUUCAGUUUCAUUGCCAGAUACUAUAUGGAACCUGAAGAAACUAAGGCAUUUACAGCUAAAGGACAAGAUCUCUAAGAAUUAUCAUUUUAGAUUCCCUGAGGACAAUCUUGACAACUCUUCACAAUUGUGUGACUUAGAUAUCUUGUCCUGUCUAAGUCUCAAUCCUCGGAAGAACAUCAACAAGCUGUUGAGAAAGUUUCCAAAUAUCCGCAAGCUGAGAAGCUCUCUUUAUCUCAAUCAUGGCUAUGAACAUCAUGUCGCAAUUGAGUGUCUAAGUCAAUUGGAAUCACUCGAUUUGAGUUGCGUUGUUUACGGUGGUGACCGAUAUCAGUUAGAUAUCCAAUUUCCUUUGAUUAUUAAAAAAUUGACUCUGUCUUAUUUUCGCUUGCCAUGGAGCAAAAUGUCAGCAAUUGGAAAUCUACCCAAUCUUGAGGUGCUCAAAUUACUCGACCGAUCAUUUGAGGGGGAAUUAUGGGAAAUGGAAGUAGAAAAGUUCCCUAAAGUUAAGUUCCUGAAAUUAGAUUCCCUGGAUAUUGUGAAGUGGACAGCCUCUGAGUACGAGGACCAGGACUAUUUUCCUAGUCUCCAGAAGUUAGUGUUGGAAAGCUGUGAUGCAUUGCAGGAGAUCCCUUCUUGUUUGGGAAAUAGUUCAACUCUCGAAAUAAUUGAGGUGUCAAAAUGUCCCAACUGUACCAGUUCAUUGGAGGAAAUUCAGGAAGAGCAAAGAAGCAAUGGAUAUACAGAUCUGAUGAUCCUUAUCUCAUAA